UUUCAUUAUAUUUUUUCUCAGUAAAGAUGAAUUAUGACAGUUAGACAACUGCAGUCCCAUGCUUUCCCCUUUAAAGACUAUGUCGACGCGUCAUUGGCCGGUUGAUCCGGACGUCAUUGGGAUAGCCACUUUCUGUGGUUUUUGAGAACCAUUAAAAUGGGAUGAAAUUACCUCGUCUACAAAUGCAUAAAAUACUCGCUUCCGAGGAAUGGUACGUUCGCCAGGCGGUCCAAAAACGAGAUUAACCGAACAGGUGGACAUCGACCACAACCCAUUGUUGACGCAACGUAUUUCCCAGAAUUAUCGCCCGUGUGUCCCUCCCUCGCCCCCUCAGUGAGCAGGAGCAAAAGGGAGUGGAGGAGAGGAGGAGCUGGGGAGAGGGACAGGGAGAAGAGGAGUGUCUGUGGCGUCUGUCGCUCAGUUCCGCGAGAGCUGAGACGGGCCAGUCAUGAAGGACUCUGUGUUCAACUGCUGUUUUCUCCCGCCUCUUCCUCCAGGAGAGGAGGCGGAGAGAACCCGGCGCCCGAGAAAUAUGGCCGCCGCCCCAACCUCCUCCUCCCCCUCCUCCCCGCCCCCUCCUGACAAGCGCUUCCUCAUCUUCUUCGACUUCGACGAGACCAUCGUGGACGAGAGCAGCGAUGACGUGGUGGUGCAGGCAGCGCCGGGGCAGAAGCUUCCGGGCUGGCUGAAGGACAGCUACCGGCCGGGGCACUACAACGAGUACAUGCAGCGCGUGCUGGCCUACAUGGCCGAGCAGGGCGUGUCCGAGGCCGCCAUCCGCGCCGUCAUCGAGGGCAUCCCCGCCUCGCCGGGCAUCCUGGCGCUCUUCCACCACCUGCGCGGCCAGGCGCGGGACUUCGAGAUCGUCCUGGUGUCCGACGCCAAUGCCUUCUUCAUCGAGGCCUGGCUGCGCAAGGCCGGCGCCUGCCAGCUCUUCGCCAAGAUCUUCACCAACCCGGCGGCGUUCGACGGGGCGGGCCGGCUGCGGCUGGGGCCCUACCACUCGCAUGCGUGCCUCCGGUGCCCCGAGAACAUGUGCAAGCAGGCCAUCGUGCGCGAGUACCUGGCCCGCCGGGCCGCCGAGCGGGGCCGGCCCUUCCAGCGCGUCUUCUACGUGGGCGACGGCGCCAACGACUUCUGCCCGUCGCUGGUGCUGGGUCCGCGGGACACGGCCUUCCCGCGCCGGGACUACCCCAUGCACGCGCUCAUCGGCCAGCUGCACGAGGCGCGGCCCGGAGACUUCCAGGCCGCCGUGGUGCCCUGGGAGAGCGGGGAGGACGUGGUGGCCCGGCUCCAGAGGUUGGCCGAGGAGCGCUGAAGCCUGGCAGCCAGACAUGACCUCUGACCCUGGCUGACACGCGCUAUACACACACACAUACACACAUACACAUAUACACACACACAUACACGCACACACACACACACACACACACACACAGUCUGCGGAAGCACAAUCAUGGAACACAGGUACACAGAGAAUACCUCACACGGACAAGGGGUAGGACACUCAGCUAUUUAUAGAAAAUAUCCAUCUGCAUAUAGAUGUGUCCGUACAGUAAAUAUAAAUAUUAUUAUACCUGCAUACGCACACUCUUUCAUAAACACAAACACCCUCAUGCUUACACAGGCCCCAACCAUCCCCCCCCCCCCCCCAGCCAGUUGAUCUGGACCACCUUCUCCCCACGCCCUCACCUCAAUGGCAUGUCCACCGCUUCUCACACUUACAGUACACUCAAAAUGGACUGGAGAGGCAAGAGUAGCUCUGCCCUGGACCAAAGCUCAGCACAGCAGGAAACUAACCGGUAUUAAAUGUGCAUUCUGCACGGUUUACGGCCCUCUUCUGGCCAAUUAUAACUCAGGCAACCACUCACUGACCAAUGGCAACUCACCAUCCUGCAUGGUGUCUCAGAACCCAAAGCUUCAGUACUCUGAAGACAGAAUCGCUCUCAAGUCUGUGCUAAAAGGACUGGUGACCUCAACGAACCUGAAAUGCUCCACCUAACCAGCAAACCCAGGAGUGCAUGCCCUAAUAUUAUACUUAGUGAUUAUUCUGAAUGAAUAGCCAAACAGUAGAGUUUUAUAAAAAGGGCUGUCGCAAGUAAUCUUAGUAAAGAUCUGUACUGCCUGAGGCCGACUGUACCUCUUCAGCUUUUGGAUCCUGUUCAUUUGAUCGCCAUAAAUAAGUCUACACUGCUAGUAUUGCUUAAAAUUAUUUUUCAAAGCUAUAAUGAAAUUGAGACUUUAGCAACUCUAAAAACAUUUUCACAAAAGUAGUUUUUCUAAUAGCAUAAUUAACUAUACAGUCAGGUUAAUGCAUAGGGUUAAUGUGAAUGUAGCGGACCCAUAGAACUAAUUUUGUUGUCGCGAGUCGCCACCUGCAGUCUGACAACAGCCAUUACAUUCGGAUCAAAGUGUGGAACCUGUAUGGUGCUUCUCGGCUUCCAAUUCUACCUUGAUUUAAUAAUCCUCAAGCUGACACACUUUGACGCAUGGGGGCUGCAUGAGCAUGAUUCUGCUGUUUGCGUUUCAACCCCGAAAGCAUUUCUUCUUUGUGUGAGUACAUUAUACUGUAACAGUAUAUCCUUGUGACCAGCAAUAAGACCUUGGUGUCCAAAAGGACCAAGUGAAAUGACUCACAUCUGAUAAUUUGCCUCUUUUUUGUCAGUGCUACAUUUUAAAGAAUUGUAUAAGUUUUUAUCAAUGUCUGCUUUUCAAAAGUGAAACUAUUCAUGUAUGCGCAUUUUUCCUUUAUCAACAGGAAUAUAAAGCCAUAAAAAACUGGU